CUUUUCUCUAUGCUGUUUAAUAUCUAUGUUCGUCUGUGGUUGGUUGUGUAAUUAAUUUGUCAAUACGCAACAAGCAAUUUUUGGUUUUAUUUUUUUCGACUUUAGGCGCAGAUAGUUACUACAGGUACAAUGAGUUUGAGGCUUGCUCAGAAAUGUAACUUAAGAAUGUUAGCAAGGUGUUAUAGUGAACAAGUUGGUCAGAAUCAAGCUCCACCUGCAUCUACGAAAUCAAACAUAGUGCAAGCUGAUGUUGCUGGUCUUAGCAGCGCAGUUAUCCAUCCUGCUUCACAGCCUGUUGGCCCCGGAGUAGAUCCAAACAAGUCUGGUGCCUAUAAAGUUCCGGAAUACUUUUGUUAUGAUAACAUGAGUUUCUUUGAAGCUGAAAUUGAAAUGUCAAAGUACAGACUACCGCAGCCAUCUGCACUUAAAAAGUAAAAAUUACAUCAUUUUAUUAAUGUAAAUUGUCAUAGUAAUUUAUUGUUAUUUCAUUUUUUAAUAUUAGAAACUGUUACUGUA